AUGUCUGUCGAUGACACUACCUCGGGACUUCCACGCAGAGCGCAACCGCAGAAAUGGGCCCUUCUGGUUGGGAUAGAUCACUACGGAACCGGGAACCUGAGUGGAGCUGUUCGAGAUGCCAUGGAAAUGGGAAUGAUCUUGCUCACGACAAUUAAUGUGCCCGCUUCCAACAUCCGCACCAUCCUUGGGCACACUCCUGGCGGUGACACGUCAAAAGUAUCACAACCAACCUCCCCAUCAAGGAAAGACAUCAUUGGUGCCAUGGAAUCCCUUGCAAAGGAUGUCCCGCAUGGUGAUUUUGUCUACAUCCAUUUCUCCGGUCAUGGGACUCAGGUGCCCACGGUCUACGAGAAACAAGGGUCGAAGCUAGACGAAGCGUUGCUGUGCGCAGACGGAUCCAUCAUACGCGACAUUGAAUUGGGCAUUCUUCUCGAUAAGCUCGCGGAGAACAACAGGACUGUACUAACGGUGCUCGACUGCUGUCACUCUGGUGGUGCCUUACGAACCGGUGAUGAAAUGAACACCCGUUACCGAGAAACAGUCGUCAUACCUGAGGUUACAAAGUGGCUGGAACCAAAAUCUCUAAAGGAGCAGAUGAAAUCGGCGACCUCAACGAUGGAUCAACAUUGGUUUUACAAAGACAGGUCCUUCAACCUCAUAGCAGCGUGCCAGCCGGAUGAGCGAGCCAAAGAGAUGCCUGAUGCCGACUACAAUUUUCGUGGCAUCUUGACGUAUUCCCUCAGAGAAUCCCUCGCAGCUCUCGGGUCGGAUGUCUUAACGACAAACUACCGAACUUUGAUGGAAAUUCUGCAGGUGAGGUGCCGGGUAGAAUCGGGUGGCUUCCAAUCUCCCCUCGGAUUCGGGCCAGUCGACAGGAUAAUAUUCGGUUUCGAUGACGGCCUCGCUCGAGCAACAGAUUUCUCCACUACUGCAAUAGUGGAAAGGGUUGAUGGGUCUGAGAUCUCUCUCAACCGCGGAAGGGCCGAUGGAGUCAGGUGGGCGGAUCAAUAUCUCAUUACUAGCGUCAAAAACGACCUUGAUGGUCUGGAAGUCAGUGUUGAAGACAUAGAUGACUUCAGCUGUCGAACAAAGCCAAUAACGCCGACCGACGAGAUCGACGCCAAGGAGUUUUGGUAUGCUAAGAGGUGUGGAAGGAUCACUCCAGUCCGAGUAACUGUGAUUCCACUGGCCGAAGCGCAUCAAGCUAUCAAGAACCUGAAAAGGGAUUGGCGAGACUGUAUCGAUGACGCAAAUCCAUUGGAGUUCCGCUUCGAUGGCAACUCUGAGGGAGCAGACUUUCUGCUCUCCAUUAACGGCGACUCCAAAAUCGAGGUUUCCCUUGGAAACGGGAAAGCUCUGGAAAACACUCCCACGUUGGCGGCAGAUGGCCGGAUCGAAACUACCAAACGACUUUGCGCAAUGUUGCGCCAUUUGCACCUGUACAUGAAUGUGGACAAAUUGCAACCCCCCAACAAGCUGGAUACGAAGCACGAGUUGCAAAUUCUGGAAGAAGAGCCUGGAGAUAACCCCAACAUACUGGCCAAAUUGACCAUGAAGUUUAAUAAUCGGUCACAAAAUACUGUAUGGAUAACGAUUCUUAAUCUGACACCCGAAUACAGUGUGAACACCAUUGUUCCAAGCGGCUUGGAGCCUGGAUUACAGGUCAGACCAAAUGAAAGCAUUGAGCCAAUCCACGGUAGGAUAGAGGUUCCGAAGUCCUUGCGGGGUAAAAAGGCUGGAUCGGAACUACACGACAAGUUCAAAAUGAUCAUUUUACUUCGACCUCACAACUUUUUCCAUUACCAACUUCCCUUGAUAUAUGACUUCUCGCCUCCUCAGUAUCGGAAUUUCACUCCAAGCGCUCUGCCUACAUGGGAUAUCUCUGAGAAGACUGUCACGCGCAAAAUCCGCAAAUCAUCUUGA